GCGGCAGUUCACACAGACAGGUAUUGUGUGUCCAAUGCCCUCGCCUCGGGAUGCGGUAGCUGUCUCCACUCAACCAAACGAGACAACGGUGGGCCGAAAGCUUUCGAGUCGCGGGAAGAUGACAUCGCCGUCGCCCACUCACAGCGACAGCAGCGGCUCCUCCAAACAUGACAGCAACCAGGACAGCUGGGAGAUUGUGGAGGGGCUCAGAGGGGCUCCUGCCAGCAUGCAGGAGCCUGACAGACAGCAGGGCUUCCUGCUCAAGAGGAGGAAGUGGCCCAUGAAGGGAUGGCAUAAGAGAUUCUUUGUGCUGGAGAAAGGCAUCCUAAGAUAUGCAAAGCGUGACUCAGAUUUGAAAAAGGGAAAGAUUCACGGCUGCAUCGACGUCGGCCUCUCCGUUAUGUCAAUUAAGAAGAAAGCCAUGUGUAUCGACCUAGACACCGAGGACAACAUCUACCACCUUAAGGUGAAGUCUCCGGAGCUCUUUGAAGAGUGGGUGUCAAAACUGCGUCAUCACCGUGUGUUUCGGCAGAACGAAAUUGCUAUGUAUCCCCACGAGAGGCACCUUUUCCACCCCCACGCCUCGUCCUCUCCCUCCCUUAACGACUCUCUGCGAAAGAGGGCCACUCUCACCAAGCAGACGUCAUUUCACCAGGCGAAGGUCAGCUCCUGGCUCCACUCCUCAGAGGACAUGGACAAGUGCUGCAAAGACUUGGAGGAAUGCGAAUCGCACCUGCUUGAACUCAACUUGCUGCUGAAGAGCAUGGAGGUUCUCCACCGCACAUACUCAGCUCCAGCCAUCAGUGCACUACAAGCGUCAACUUAUGACAUUCCGAAAAAAGAGAAGAGACCAAGGAGGUGGCGAUCUAAAAAUAACGGCAAAGAAGCCAAGGCUACACUACAGGUCCCAAGCUGCAUCUCCUCCAACUCCCCUCGACUACAUGCCUCCAAUCCCAACCUUUCCACCACAGAGUCCACCACGCAGGAGGUGUGUCCCGAAUCUCCAGACUCGCCCACCGACGCCUCACGUCUACAAGAGGACUUCUGCCAACUGGCCAACAAGAUCCAUGUCACACUGAAAUCAGCCUUUAGCUCCCUGGCUGCAGAAAAAGACAGGCUGAGGCACGCCAUCGACCUGCAGCCCCCUCAGCCAGCUCAGGUUAUGGGCCUGAAGACCGCUUAUGCCUCAGAGUGCGCAGGCAGCCCCCAUUCCCUGGUCCACCAGACCUCCAAUGAGAGCAAAGCAUCAAUCCCAGAGUCAAUAUCGGAGUUCUUUGAUGCUCAGGAAUAUCUGCUCUCUUCUUCUUCAUCUGAAAAUGAGGUGUCCGACGAUGACUCCUAUAUCAGCGAUGUCAGUGACAGCGUCUCCAUGGAUACCUACAGCGGGGGAGGCAGCGAGAGGCACAACUCUGUGAGCAGCGUGAUCACUCUCACUCGACGGCGCUCCACGCUGCCGUCCCCCAGCCCCACCAGCAGCGUGAGCCUGUGGAACAUCCUGAGAAACAACAUCGGGAAGGACCUGUCCAAGGUGGCCAUGCCGGUGCAGCUCAACGAGCCGCUCAACGCCCUGCAGCGGCUGUGUGAGGAGCUGGAGUACAGCGACCUGCUGGACAUGGCCAACCAGACUCAAGAUCCUUAUCAGCGCAUGGUUUAUGUUGCUACUUUUGCAAUAUCUGCCUAUAUGUCCACCUACCAUCGAGCGGGAUGUAAACCCUUCAACCCCGUCCUGGGAGAGACGUACGAAUGUGACAGACCUGAUAAGGGCUUCAGGUUUAUAGCUGAACAGGUGAGCCAUCACCCACCUGUGUCAGCAUGUCACGCCGAUUCAAGGAACUUCACUUUUUGGCAAGAUGUUCGGUGGAAAAAUAAAUUCUGGGGGAAAUCCAUGGAAAUUGUUCCCAUGGGAACCACACAUGUCACAUUACCUGGGUUCGGGGAUCACUAUGAAUGGAACAAAGUGACGUCCUGCAUCCACAACAUCCUGAGCGGCCAACGUUGGAUCGAACACUACGGAGAGAUGGCCAUAAAAAACACCAACGACGACGCCUGCCAGUGCAAAAUCACAUUUGUCAAGGCCAAAUCGUGGAGCUCCGGAGUGAAUGAGAUCGAGGGUGUAGUUACAGAUUCCGAAGGAAAGGUGGUACACACCAUGUUUGGGAAAUGGCACGAGUCAGUCUUUCAAGGAGUCCCCCCAUCUGCCACCUGCAUCUGGAGAGCAAACCCCAUGCCGGCUGACCAGGAGCAGUACUAUGGAUUCACUCAGUUUGCAGUGGAGUUAAACGAACUGGACUCCACCUUAAGACCUCUGCUACCCCCCACAGACACACGCUUCAGGCCGGACCAGAGGCUGCUGGAGGAGGGGAACACAGAAGGAGCUGAGGAGCAGAAGCAAAGGAUAGAGCAGCUCCAGAGAGAGAGGAGGAAAGUCCUGGAGGACAACAACAUGACGCACCAGCCGCGCUUCUUCAAGAAAUCCAAGGAUGACACGUGGGUGAGCAACAACACGUACUGGGAGACACGCAGAGACCCUGGCUUCAGCAAAGUCGACUUCCCAUUGUUGUGGUGACCUCUGGCUAUGGCCAAACAUCUAUUAAACUGAACUUGGAAGGUCUGAUUGUCCUUGACCUGGUUAUCAUGUCAUGACCACAGAUGGAGUUUCAGCUUCCUUCUUCCGGACUGACGCGAGCCUGAGGAACUUGUGUCUCUUCCCCUCUCUAUAGACCGCUCACCCCGUAUCUGUCUGGGACGCAGAGUCCACGUAUACUCCCAGUGCAUAUCACACUUUUUGUUGCAUCUCAGCAUUUAUCAAAGUGCCUUUUAUUGCAGUGCUGCAUUCAAUGACCUGCUGUAGCAGUUAUGCAAAAACACUGUUAUUCCCAGACUAAUAAUGUUUGGAUGAUGUCAGUCUGAUAUUACACCAGAGUCAAGGAUUCAUUUUAGAAGAGAAUUUUUACAAGAGGUCUGAACUUGAUCACUUAUUUAUCUGUGGAUCCAACAUCACCUUUCAGAAUAUCAGUUAUUUUACCAAGUGGCUGACAUAUUGCAGGUGAUAUGAAACUUGGAGGGUUGGUGCAGUGGUUAGCGCUCUCACGACACAGCGAGAAGACCUGGGUUUGAAUGCUGGCCGGGAAGUGUGUGGGUUUUUUCCCACAGUUAGAAAACACGCAUGUGAGGUUAGUAGGUAUUCCUAAAUUUAUUAGGUCUUCUGUCUCUGUGACUGACUGGCGACCUGUCCAGGAUGUGUCCUCCCCUCGCCCACAGUAAGCUGGACUUGGCUCCAGCACCCUGCAUAAGAUGGAUGAAAUGUGGACAUGAUGCCUUUUUUUCUUUUUUCUUUUUUUUUUUCCUGUAUGCUGCCUUGUUAUAUUCAGCCAUGACUGUCGUCAGACUGUGGUUACAGUUACAGAAGGGAACAGCAAUAAUGGUAAAUGUUUUGAAAGAGGACAAUAAACUGUACAAAUGAUGGUCAAGUUACAGUGUCUCACAUCAUAUGUUAUGCAUUGUCACAAUAACAGCCGGAUUGUUUGCUUGUUUCAUUCGUCACUCCCAGUCACCCUUCAGCAAAUUUUACCAAUGCACAACAGCCAAAUGCAUAACAACCGUUACGCCUUUAAAAACCCCAUUCAUUAGUAUGUUGAACCGGGUACCAGAAAGUCAAAAAUCAACCUGACAGCG